UGACUUCACUUCAUUGCUUCUGGGGAUCCAAGAAGGGGGAAAAAUGAAGAUUCUGCUGCUGGGUAUUUUUUUGUUUUUAUAUAGUAGCACAGUCUGGGCAAAAGAUAAGCACUAUUACAUUGGAAUUAUUGAAACAACUUGGAACUAUGCCUCUGGAAAUGGGGGAAAGAAACUUAUUUCAGUUGACAUGGAAGAUUCCAAUGUCUAUCUUCAAAGUGGCCCCGACAGAAUUGGGCGAAUAUACAAGAAGGCCAUUUAUCUUCAAUACACAGAUGAAACCUUUAGUAAGACGAUAGAAAAACCUGCGUGGCUGGGGUUUUUAGGCCCUAUAAUCAAAGCAGAAACUGGCGAUACCAUUUAUGUCCACUUAAAAAACUUUGCCUCUAGGCCCUACACUUUUCAUUCACAUGGCAUAACUUAUUUUAAGGAACAUGAGGGGGCCAUCUACCCUGAUAACACCACGGAUUUUCACAAAGCAGAUGACAAAGUAAAUCCAGGUGAGCAGUAUAAAUACGUGCUGUAUGCUACUCAAGAACAAAGUCCUGCUGAGGAAGAUGGCAAUUGUGUGACCAGAAUUUACCACUCUCACAUUGAUGCUCCAAGAGAUAUUGCCUCAGGACUCAUCGGACCUUUAAUAUUCUGUAAAAAAGAUUCUUUGGAUAAUGAAAAAGAAAAAAAUAUUGACCAAGAAUUUGUAGUGAUGUUUUCUGUGGUGGAUGAAAAUCUCAGCUGGUACCUAGACGACAACAUUCAAACCUACUGCUCCGAACCAGAGAAAGUUGACGCAGACAACGAAGACUUCCAGGAGAGUAACAGAAUGCAUUCUGUGAAUGGAUAUGCUUUUGGAAGUCUCCCAGGACUGUCCAUGUGUGCAGAGGACAGAGUGAAAUGGUAUCUUUUUGGCAUGGGUAAUGAAAUUGAUGUGCAUGCAGCUUUCUUCCACGGCCAAACAUUGACUUACAAGAACUACCGUGUGGAUACAAUCAAUCUCUUUCCUGCUACCCUUUCUGAGGCUUUCAUGGUGGCCCAGAACCCUGGAGAAUGGAUUCUUAGCUGUCAGAAUCUAAACCAUCUGAAAGCUGGUUUGCAGGCCUUUUUCCUGGUACAAGACUGUAAGAAGCCUUCUUCAGAGGACAAUAGCCAUAGGAAACACAUUAGACACUACUACAUUGCUGCUGAGGAAAUCAUCUGGAAUUAUGCACCCUCUGGCAUAGACACCUUCACCAAAGAAAACUUAACAUCACCUGGAAGUGCUUCAGAGGUAUUUUUUGAACAAGGUCCUACGAGAAUUGGAGGCUCUUAUAAAAAACUGGUUUAUCGUGAGUACACAGAUGCCUCCUUCACAAAUCAAAAGGAAAGAGGUCCUGAAGAGGAACAUCUUGGCAUCUUGGGUCCUGUCAUCUGGGCAGAGGUGGGAGACACCAUCCAAAUAACCUUCCGUAAUAAAGGAGCAUAUCCCCUCAGCAUUGAGCCAGUUGGAAUAAGAGUCAGUAAGAGCAACGAGGGCACAUUCUAUGCCUCUCAUUACAACCCUGAAAGUAGAAGUGUGCCUCAUCCUUCAGCCUCCUAUGUGCCACCCAAAGAAACAUUCACUUAUGAAUGGUCUGUCCCAAAAGAAGUGGGACCCACUUAUAAGGACCCUGUCUGUCUAUCUAAGAUGUAUUAUUCUGCUGUGGAUCCCACCAAAGAUAUAUUCACUGGGCUUAUUGGGCCAUUGAAAAUAUGCAAGAAAGGAAGUUUACAUGCAAAUGGGAGACAGAAAGAUGUAGACAAGGAGUUCUAUUUGUUUCCUGCAGUGUUUGAUGAGAAUGAGAGUUUACUUUUGGAUGAUAACAUUAAAAUGUUUACAACUGCACCAGAUCAGGUGAAUAAGGAACAUGAAGACUUUCAGGAAUCUAAUAAGAUGCACUCCAUUAAUGGAUUUAUGUACGGGAAUCAGCCUGGUCUCAAUAUGUGCAAGGGAGAUUUGGUCACAUGGUACUUAUUCAGUGCUGGAAAUGAAGCUGAUAUACAUGGGAUUUACUUUACGGGAAACACGUAUCUGUCAAGAAAAGAAAGGAGGGACACAGCAAACCUCUUCCCUCAAACAAGUCUCACACUCACCAUGCAGCCUGAUACUGAUGGGACUUUUAAUGUUGAGUGCCUCACAACUGAUCACUACACGGGUGGCAUGAAGCAAAAGUACACCGUGAACCGGUGCAGGCGGCUGCCUGAGAAUCCAAACUUAUACCUGGGAGAGAGGACCUACUACAUUGCUGCUGUGGAGGUGGAAUGGGAUUACUCCCCAAGUAGGGAAUGGGAGAAGGAGCUGCAUCGUCUACAAGAGCUAAAUGUUUCAAAUAAUGCAUUCUUAGAUAAGCAAGAAUUUUACAUAGGCUCAAAGUACAAGAAAGCUGUGUAUCGGCAAUACACAGACAGCACGUUCCAAGUUCCGGUGGAGAGAAAACCUGAGGAAGAACACCUGGGAAUCCUAGGUCCACAACUUCAUGCGGAUGUUGGAGAUAAAGUUAAUAUUAUCUUCAAAAACAUGGCCACAAGGCCCUACUCAAUACAUGCCCAUGGGGUGAAAACAGAGAGUUCUACAGUUACUCCAACUGUACCAGGUGAAACUCGAACUUACACAUGGAAAAUCCCAGAAAGAUCGGGAGCUGGGGGAGAAGAUUCUCCUUGCAUUCCAUGGGCCUACUAUUCAACUGUGGAUCAAGUUAAGGAUCUCUACAGUGGAUUAAUUGGCCCACUGAUUGUCUGUCGGAAGCACUACCUGAAAGUAUACAAUCCCAUAAAGAAACUGGAAUUUUCCCUUCUGUUUUUAGUAUUUGAUGAGAAUGAAUCUUGGUACUUAGAUGACAACAUCAAAACAUACUCUGAUCACCCUGAGAAAGUAAAAAAAGAUGAUGAUGAAUUCAUAGAAAGCAAUAAAAUGCAUGCUAUUAAUGGAAGAAUGUUUGGGAACCUGCAAGGCCUCACCAUGCAUGUGGGAGAUGAAGUCAACUGGUACCUGAUGGGAAUGGGCAAUGAAAUAGACUUGCACUCGGUGCAUUUCCAUGGCCACAGCUUCCAAUACAAGCACAGGGGCAUUUAUAGUUCUGAUGUCUUUGACGUUUUCCCUGGGACAUACCAAACUGUAGAAAUGUUUCCAGCAACAUCUGGAACCUGGUUACUCCACUGCCAUGUAACUGACCACAUCCAUGCUGGAAUGGAAACUACUUACACCGUUCUGCCAAGUAAAGCUUCUCAAGCUCACAGGACGAUAUGGCACGUGAACUACCUAUUUACAGUCAGCAUGAUUAUUUUAUUCCAAAUGUCCACCAAGGAAUGGCUGAAAGAAUAAGAUCCUUUGAUGUUCUCAACGGUACGGUGUCUGGGGGCUGCCUCUUUGAUAAUCUCCAGAUGUACUGUGAUGUGAGUUUGAAAAAGAGUUCCUGCAGCAGCACAUCUGGGAGACAUGCUACCAGCUGUGCUUCCCAAAAGUCCACUAAGAGCUGAGGAAUGGUAUCUCCAUCUUUACCACAAAGCACCUUGAAAACAGUGAAACAAGCCCCCAUACCCCAGAUAAGUAUAAUAUUGAUCGAGUUACAGCUGGUCUGAAUAGCACUCCAUCAUGUAGGCCAUGUAUUUAGUAAUUUAUCGUUAGCAUUAGUGCCAUGGCAAAGCAAGUUUACACAUUUUAACAGGAAACAGAUUAUAGCUUGCAUGAAUGAAAUUUUUUAGAUAUAUUCUUUUAUACUCUAUAUACUUUUAUAAAUUGGUUAUAUCUAAGUUUGUUUGUUUUCAAUAAACAAAUGAAAACUCA